AUGGAUUUUCUCCUACUGUUGUUCCUGGUCUUUUUCGCACCGCUGCUACUCUUCAUCGAUCCAUCCGUGAUAACUGAGACCCGACCAGCGUGGCUUGCGGUUUCGGCCUGCCUAGGGAGUCACCUGCGCACUCGCCUGGGAGAAUUCUCAGCGCGGCCAGGGCUCGACGCGUACGGACCGAGCUACCUCCGGACCAUGGCUAGCACGGGACCCUCCAUGUCCGAGCAGAUCGAGCUUGAGGACAUGCUCGCUGAGCCCGGAACCCAUCGUCAUUUCGAGGAGGAUUGA